GCUAGUAAUAUGGUAAAGCAAAACUAGCAAAGGGAAGUCACUCUAACUGGAUUCACCAGGAGGAGGAGAAAGAGGCUCGCUGAACGGCCCUCGCUGAAAGAUUGUUCCUCAAAGGCCUAUGAGUGGAGAAACCAUGACGACAGGGGAGGUAAUCCCAAAUGUGUCUGAAGAUGAGACCGAUCUUGGAGAUGUGGCCAACGUAACUGUUGAAGAUGAGACAAAUAAUGCUGCUACAGAUAUGGAUGAGGAAGAGGACGGAGUUGACCCGGCCAUCAUACAGAAGUUAACAGUGGGCACACUAGGACACUACCUUCCCAAUCUACAGAAAGCCAAGUGCUCACUUAAUGAAAUCCUACAGAACCAGGGCAUCCUGAUUGAGACAAUACAACAGGAAAAUACAAAGUUUGUGGAGUGUAAAGCCAUGGAGGACCUCGUAGAAACGAUGACACAAGCCAGAAAGUAUUAUACCAAAUUGAACAACCUUCGUAAAGAGAUGCAGUCUUUGUCUGAACGAUCCUUUAAACUCAAGAAAAGGGCUUUGAAAUUACAACAGCAGAAACAGAAGGAGGAAUUACAGAGAGAGGAACAGAGAGAAAAAGAACUGGAUCGAGAAAGGAUGCUCACCGCAAAAGUUGCCAACAAGGAAUCCAAUUUGUCAUAGUGGGGCCCUGUAACUCAUAAAUAAUAUCCAAACAACAAAUAGGGAUUUAAAAAAAAAGAAA